UCUCCACCUCCACCUCCAGCUCCACCUCCACCAUCUCCUCCACCUCCAUCUCCAUCUCCAUCUCCACCUCCAUCUCCACGUCCAUCUCCACCUCCAUCUCCACGUCCAUCUCCACCUCCACCUCCACCUCCAUCUCCAUCUCCAUCUCCACCUCCAUCUCCAUCUCCACCUCCACCUCCAUCUCCAUCUCCACCUCCACCUCCACCUACAUCUCCAUGUCCAUCGCCACCUCCAUCUAAACGUCCAUCUCCACCUCCACCUCCACCUACAUCUCCACGUCCACCUCCACCUAAAUCUACACGUCCACCUCCACCUCCACCUCCAUCUCCAUCUCCACCUCCAUCUCCACAUCCACCUCCAUCUCCACAUCCACCUCCAGCUCUACCUCCAUCUCCACCUCCAUCUCUACCUCCAUCUCCAUCUCCACCUCCAUCUCCAUGUCCAUCUCCACCUCCACCUCCACCUCCACCUCCAUCUCCACCUCCACCUCCAUCUCCACCUCCACCUCCACCUCCACCUCCAUCUCCAUAUCCACCUCCAUCUCCAUCUCCACCUCCACCUCCAUCUCCACGUCCAUCUCCACCUCCACCUCCAUCUCCAUCUCCACCUCCACCUCCAUCUCCACGUCCAUCUCCACCUCCACCUCCACCUCCACCUCCAUCUCCAUAUCCAUCUCCACCUCCAUCUCCAUCUCCACCUCCACCUCCACCUCCAUCUCCCUCUCCACCUCCACCUCCACCUACAUCUCCAUGUCCAUCGCCACCUCCAUCUAAACGUCCAUCUCCACCUCCACCUCCACCUACAUCUCCACGUCCACCUCCACCUAAAUCUCCACGUCCACCUCCACCUCCACCUCCACCUCCAUCUCCAUCUCCACCUCCAUCUCCACAUCCACCUCCAUCUCCACAUCCACCUCCAGCUCUACCUCCAUCUCCACCUCCAUCUCUACCUCCAUCUCCAUCUCCACCUCCAUCUCCAUGUCCAUCUCCACCUCCACCUCCAUCUCCACCUCCACCUCCACCUCCAUCUCCACGUCCAUCUCCACCUCCACCUCCACCUCCACCUCCACCUCCAUCUCCAUAUCCACCUCCAUCUCCAUCUCCACCUCCACCUCCAUCUCCACGUCCAUCUCCACCUCCACCUCCAUCUCCAUCUCCACCUCCACCUCCAUCUCCACGUCCAUCUCCACCUCCACCUCCAUCUCCAUCUCCACCUCCACCUCCAUUUCUACCUCCAUCUCCACCUCCCUCUCCACCUCCACCUACAUCUCCAUGUCCAUCCCCACCUCCAUCUCCACCUCCAUCUCUACCUCCACCUCCACCUACAUCUCCACGUCCACCUCCACCUAAAUCUCCACCUCCACCUCCACCUCCAUCUCCACUUCCACCUCCAUUUCUACCUCCAUCUCCAUGUCCAUCUUCACCUCCACCUCCAUCUCUACCUCCAUCUCCACCUCCUCUUCCACCUCCACCUAAAUCUCCACCUCCACCUCCAUCUCCAUCUCCACCUCCAUCUCCACAUCCACCUCCAUCUCCACUUCCACCUCCAUUUCUACCUCCAUCUCCAUGUCAAAUCCACACCAAGCUAAAUGCUAAAGCUGCCGCUUUCAAGGAGCGGGACACUAAUCCGGACAAUGAUAGGAAAUCCCGCUAUGCCCUCAAACAGACCAUCAAACAUGCAAAGCGUCAAUUCUGGACUAAGCUUGAAUCCUACCACACAGGCUCUGACGCUUGUUGGAUGUGGCCGGGCUUGAAAACUAUUACGGACAAGAAAGGGAAACACAGCCACGAACUGCCCAGUAACGCAAGCCCACCAGAUGAGCUAAAUGCCUUUUAUGCUUGCUUCGAGGCUGUAAGGAUCGACGCUGGUGACGAGAAGCAGAUCCUCAGAAAAUUCUACAGCUGCACCAUCGAGAGCAUUCUGACCUGUUGCAUCUCCGCCUGGUAUGGCAACUGCUCAACAUCUGACCAUAAGCGCUACAGAGGGUCAUAG